AUGGUGGCGCUGAGUGGCAAAGAUCAAACCCUAGCGAUCCCUGCAAACAGCCUAAUCGACUACGAUGGCAGAAGUCACAGUAAAGAAAGCCCGAAGGUCUCUGGUUACGAACAGUUCAGAGAAGAGAGGAUCAAAGCGAACCUCGAGCGAAUGCAGCAGCUUGGCAUUGUUGAUCUCUCCCUCAAACUCAAGUCCAUCAAGCCCCACGGAACAUCAACUCUAGCAAUCGCAAAUCUCUCAGCUGUACCUCUCCAUUGCUGCUUUCCGGACCCCCUCGCCGUUCUUCCAGGUGCCCUAUUCAUGGGUUUUUAG